AUGCUGGCUGCUGGCUGCGGCUGCUCGUCCGUGAGGGGUUCUCGCGCUUUCGGCGCGGAGCAUCGCGAGGUCUGGGAGGGACGUCUGGGAAGGUGGUCCUCGCGCUGCUUCCGCGAAGCAUACGCUAUCGGCAACCAUGGGCCCGCACGAGGGCCAUUACCUGAUGCAGACGCGACACAGGCUGUCGAUGCGAGCAAGGCUAUGUACACAAUCCACUCUGCCCAUUUCUACCCUGUGGACACUAGCGGCGGCGCAUCCCGGUCUCCUCCAAUCACGCUCUGCAUGUAUCCUCGGACUGCACGACUGACUGCGGUGGGCAUACCACUUGCCCGCAUAUGA